AUGGAAAGACUCAUAGAAGAAAAGCAAGAAAAGGAACGAGUGGUCAAAGGUUUGGAAAUGCAAAACGAAGUUCUUCUGGAAAAUAUGGAUACAAUGCAGGAAAACCUUGAAGAAUUCAGAUUACAGCAGAUCUCGAAGGACAGGAAAAUAGACGAUUUGGAGGAUAAGAACGAGACUCUUAAGAUGAACAUGGCCAAGAUACAGCGAGACCUCGAACGGACGAAGGCUGAGAAGGAGGAGAGAGAACGACACAUGAAAGAUCAAGAGGUACUCGCAGAGGAAAUGAACGUUGCAGUAAAGAACCUGCAGGAGGAGCUGCACCAAAUCAGGCUGGACAAGAGCCGAAUGGAACGCAACCUGGUCGAAGCCAGGGAUAUGCUCGUCAGAGUGAGAAAGCAAAGUUCUGAAAAAACGGAAAAGAUGGCUGCUCUUGAAAGAGAAAUUGAAGACCAAAAGAGGCUGCAAAAGGUUGCUUCCACAAGAGACAAUGAAGAACAUCAGAAAAGGCUUGAAAAGAUGACUGCCUUAGAAAUAGAGAAUAAAAGUCUUUGGAAAGGCCUGGAAAAGAUGGAGAAAAACUAUAAAAACCAGCUUGUUGAGGCCCAAGCUCAAACUAAACUCAAAGAGCGAAGCUAUGAUAAUGCUCAUUAG